AUGGCUUCAAAGACCACAGACUGCAAGAAUAGAGGUUUUACUGAAAUUCCUGCCCACUUACCACCUGAAACUCAGAUACUGCUGUUGCAGAAUAAUCGCAUUUGGAGAAUCAACCAAAACGCAUUCACUGGAACACCACUGCUGAAAAUCUUAGACUUGUCUAAUAAUUCUCUCUCAAGUUUUGCACCAGGUGCUUUACAAAAAUUACGGUACCUACAGGUUCUAAACCUAACUAGAAAUUUGAUUCAUUAUAUAGAAAACAAGACCUUCAGUUUCCUCCCACACCUCAAAGAACUGGACUUGUCAUCCAACAGCAUUGUACGUUUGCCUGAGACUUUUGGAAACAGCACAGGGAAUAUUACAUUACUGUCAGUGAAGCAUAACAAGCUUCAGAAAAUGGAAAGAGUUUUGCUGGAGUCACUUCCAAACCUGAAAGUUGUUCUUUUCAAGGAUAAUCCCUGGCUAUGUAAUUGCAAUGUCUUUGGCCUGAAACUGUGGUUGGAGAGUUUUUUAUACAGAGGAGGAAUAAGUGAUGGCAUCAUCUGUGCAACACCAGGGAUUCGGAAGGGCAAGGACCUCCUGAAAGUUCCUUAUGAACUGUUUGGGGCGUGCCCACUUACGACAGCUCACACUCAUCUGGCCACCACUCAUCACCACAGCUUUGAGCACAGGAGUUCUCUGAAGCACUCUCACCACAAUGAACACGGGGAGAACAGCAGGCUAAGUUGUGAACCCAAACCAAAGCCGAGGCCUGUUAAUUUGCGUCAUGCAAUUGCCACUGUAGUAAUAACUGGAGUUGUCUGUGGAAUUGUGUGUCUAAUGAUGUUGGCAGCUGCUGUUUAUGGUUGUGCCUAUGCUGCAAUUACUGCUAAAUACCACAGAGAACAUUUGGCCCCUGCAAGACAGCAUGGGACUCCUGAGGAAAAAGAGCCAUUUGAUAGCUCCUUGGCUUGA